CUCGUCGAUGGGUGCAGCGCUUCCACUUCCCGCCUUUCCACCCAGCCAGACGAGAUGGAGGUGGAAUCCAAGCUCCCAAGUCGUCAGAUCACCAUGCUUGGGGCUCUUUCGUCUGUGCCUUACUCCCACCUACCUCUUCGACCAUCUCGGCCAUCCCAGACUAACCUUGCAACCUCUUGACCUUGCCACACUGCAGCCUCUUGUGUUCUGAUAUCUUCCGUAUCAUAGUCUUGUCGCCAAGUUUAUUUACUUAUAACACCGCUUGCCUUGCUCUCCCCACUUGUGUGAUUGCUCAUUCUCUUCUCUUCAAGCGUCAGUAAGCACCAAGCAACCACGAAGCAAGCCUUUGAACAUCUGCCAUUUUUGCUAUUCUCCGCCGCCCAAACCCAACAGUCACAGCUCGAACCUGUGUGAUUGUCCAAGAUGGCCAUCACUAAAGGAGAGGAUGUGUAUGCUAGUCUUCUCUUGAACGACGCAUACCUUCCCGGCGCUCUUGUCCUUGCGCACUCGCUGCGUGAUUCCGGCACCAACAAAAAGCUCGCUAUCUUAAUCACCCCCGAAACCGUCUCCAACGAGGUUGUGGAACAGCUCCAGACCGUUUACGACUAUGUCAUUCCCGUCGAGACGAUCCAGAAUGACCGGCCGGCCAACCUGUUCCUCAUGAACCGCCCCGACUUGCACUCGGCCUUCACCAAGAUCAACCUCUGGAAGCAGACCCAGUUCCGCAAGAUCGUCUAUAUCGAUGCCGACGUUGUCGCUUACAGGGCUCCCGAUGAGCUCUUCGACCUCCCUCACGCCUUCUCCGCCGCUCCCGAUAUCGGCUGGCCCGACCUGUUCAACACUGGUGUCAUGGUUCUGUCGCCCAACAUGGGUGAUUACUACGCCAUGUUGGCCAUGGCCGAGAGAGGAAUCUCGUUUGACGGUGCCGAUCAGGGUCUCUUGAACAUGCACUUCAGGAACACCUACAAUCGCCUGAGCUUCACCUACAAUGUUACGCCCUCCGCCCACUACCAGUACAUUCCGGCCUACAAGCACUUCCAAUCGAGCAUCAACUUGAUCCACUUCAUUGGCUCAGAGAAGCCGUGGGUUCAGGGUCGCACCCAGACCACCGGGAGCAGCACCUACGACGAGAUGAUCGGUAGAUGGUGGGCCGUUUACGAUCGCCACUUCCGCGGCAACUCGAACAAGACUACCGAUGUUGUUCAGAAGUUUGUAAAGGGUGAACAACAACAGCGCAACGUUUCUUUCCAGAUCCCUCCCAGCCAGAGCCACAACACGCAGAGCCAGAGCCACAACACGCAGAGCCAGAGCCACAAGACACAGAGCCAGAAUACCCAUAGCACCUACACCAGUCACGGAGCAUCCUGGGACGCUUCAAGACACUCUCCUCCGGCUGGCUCCAGGCCGGAAGCUGCCAACUUCCCACAGACGCACUAUACGAUGUCCUCCAACACCCAACAGUUUGUCCCGCCUGCGCGGUAUCCCAGUCCGCCCAAGGACAUGUGGUACAAGGUGCCCGAGGCGGCGCCCACUCAGGAACCCGCCCCAAUCUUCCCCUGGGAGAAACAGGCACCUGCACCCACUAGGGUCUUCGCGGAACCACCUCCUGAGCAGCGAAAGCCCUCAGUUGCGUCAAUUGCGACGCCGUCCGCAACGGCGUCAGUUACAGCAUCGCCCACCCUUGAGCCGAAGAGCGAGGCUGUCACCCCUACAACCCCUUCAAGUUCCAACCCGUGGACCUCUUUCACAACUAGAGGAAAUGCAUGGGAUGAUGUACCUGAAAUCAACCGAUAUGUCGACGCCUUGCAGAAGCACCGCCGCUCCGGAAGCAAGGGCUCAGCGGCAGCCACUUCGAGGCCGACCAGUCCUGGUCGCGCUCACAGCAGAUCUAGGAGAAGCUCUAGAGUGACUGACUUCCCGACCGAGGAUGACCGUCCAAGCCUUCCUGUCACCCCCGCGCCCAUCCAAGGACCGAGAUCUUCGAGAGGUGAGAAUGAGCGGCAGUUCCCUGCUGCCGCCGGCGUACCAGCGCAAUCCGAAUGGGAUCCCGCAAUCCAGCUCGAGAAGCUGGCGAGACACCAGCAAGAAACGUUGCAGAAGCUCGGUGAGCGUCCUGCUUUUGGGGGAUUGGCAAUUGGGACAGCGGGUAAAGAGAUCCCGGCUCGCGCACUUCCCUUUGGGUCCGAAGAUGCAAGAUCGCCAACUUAUGUUGCCCAGUUCCCGUCGGUGCUUAGUCCGAAGCCGUUGAGAGCGAGUACAACCGGAACGAACUCGGUACGCAGAAUCUUGACGAUUGACGAAGAGGGAGGGAACGUGCCACUGACGACUACCGAGAAAAAGACCCCGAGCCCGCUGCCCACGCAGCCAAGUGUGACCAUCGCCCCACCGAGCUAUCAGGGACCAGGUGCGGCUUUUGAGAAGGGGGAUGACUUCCCGACUCAUGAGACGCCUGCGCUUCCGACGGAGGAGGAGAGAGAUGUCCUUGAGACGUAAUCAACCACAUUGACCUACAACCAGGUACAAACAACACAUCGUUGGCUUGACUGCUGAUAAUCAAAAUUCAGUGUACAACUUCCAUGGGGGUGUAUUCUUACCGGUGUACAAAAGCUCAAAACUGGCGGAUAUCAAAAGGACAACUGGGAGGGGGUGGUUCUGGAACUGGAAGGGCGUGGCGAUUCUCUUUUCAGUUGACACCGGUUGUGUGAAUGGGGGACAAAUCUGAAUCUGUGCAUCGAAGGAAGGCUUUCUGCUGGUGGAUGCUGGACACAAAAGAACCCGGUGAAUGCAGUCAUGCUUGAACCGGGUUCAAAGUUUGGGAACAGCGAUUUUUGGGCUUGGUUGCGGCAUUCUGUUUCCUUAUACCUCUCUGUUGUUUUGCUCAUGAUUAAAUGAUAGACUUGUAUUUCUUUUUCAGCCCAUUUUUGACAGGAUCUACGUGUACCCACCAAUGCUAUAAAUGCCAAUAAUUCCAAAAAGAAUUCAGGC